AUGUACUAUCACGACAGUGUAGGCAACAAUGGCAACAUUGACCAGAAGACCUUUAACCAGGACAGACUUGAUGGAUCGAAUUCCAAUUCAUUCCAAAGUCAAUCCUACCUUCAGCAGCAAAUGAAUCAUGAUCCCUCUCUUACAUCUUCUUACCUGUCAGACGCCAAUGACUUUUCACUGCACUCAUCUUUUCUUAAAGACAACCUAAUCCAACGAUUCAAUAUCAAUAACAACAACAGCAACAACAACUCAUCUUCUGAAUGGGAUUUCACCACACCAACACACAAUUCACAGUCAUAUUCUACACCGCAAAACAUUCGCCAACAAGACUCCCCAAGACUUGGUUAUCCAUCUCAACCGUUCUUGGAACGCCAAGAACAGGAAAUCCUAUUCUCAGACCCUUCAUUCAUCCGACAGCAACAGUUCCUACAGAACCAACAGCGAGCAAUGCAAAUGCGCAUUGAUCAAGAAGAAAAUGAACAUAAGAAAGAUCACAUUGAUUUACCUCCUUGUUCUCGGUCGAAUCUUACUGCAAUGUUCGAUUCCCCGGUCAGUUCUACUGCUCAUGCUGAAACAUCCUCUCUCAAGGCCUUAGACUCACAUCAGCUAUCUUGUCAACUCAGUACUUCUCAAUCAAACGCUCAAAUACAUGAUGAAUCAUCCAACAUCAACGACCACUUCAAUAGCCUCGGCAACAAUACCAUCAGAAUUAGCAACGGUAAUGGCAUCAGUAACGGCAAUAGUAACGGCAACGCAAAUAUCAACAGGCGAUCACAGCCGCCAACAUCUAAUAACAAUAGAACAAACCCGAUACCAAUCGGAACCCCUCCCACUGGUGAUUCUUUCCAGAUAUCCUCGUCCGUCCCGACAGAAAUCGAUCACCGGCGUAGAUUCAAUGAACUUCAAGCAAGGUUCAGAGUUAAUUAUCCCAGAAAACCCCAGAAGAAGAAAGGAACUACUGCCCCCGCACAUGUGUCAGCCUCGUUCACAGACUCUCCUAGCAACUUUGGUCAAGUACAGUCUUACACACCCGACUUCUCGUUCGGAACCUCUAUGCCAACGCUUGGUCAAGACACCCACCCACCACCAGCUCAGCCGCAAGCACAUCAACUUCAAGGCCAAGACACUCAAUUCUUUAAUUCCAGCACAGACGCUCAACAGGCGAAUAUGGAACGUAGAGUGUCUCUUGACGGUAGACCCUUCUCAGAGCAAACGCCUAGACGUGGUAGUGUAGGCGAAAAGGGAGGAAUCCCGAUACCUUUUGAUGCUCAAGGCUCUCAGUCUAUUCACGCAACUUCUUUCCCAUCUCGCACAAUGCCCAUCCAGAUCCAACGGAUCCAGCGCGGGGGGAUGUCCCAGCCAUUUGAUGCUGAGCAGCACCAGCGCCGUCUGGAUGAUCAACUAGAAAAGGCCAACUUUGAAGACAUCACGGUGUCCGAAUUAAAAGAUAUGUUGAGACAGCGCGGCAGACCGGCAACAGGUAAAAAAGCCGUGCUCUUGCAGAGACUCCAAGACGAACGCGAUAAUAUCCAGGCUGCCAGAAGUGGCCGUGCGCAGCGGUUCUCCCAACCUCCCCCUGCUUCUCGCCGGAUUGGUGAAUUUUCACGACCAAAGUCUUUCCAGGGCACUUCGCCAAUGAUGUCUGCAAACACACCCCAGUCCCCGCUGUUUAGCAGCAGCCCUUCUUCUGUACCAAACACGUCGUUUUUGCCCGGCUCACCUGGCUUAUCUUUUUCUCUGCAUCGAUCUAUUGCUAAUAUGCAUAUUGGGUCACCACCGGCAUCGUUAUCGGUAUCAGUACCAUCACCACAACAAUCAUCCUCGCACACCCGCCGCUUUUCUCCUUAUGGUGCCCCAAGCUCGCCACGACUUGCAUCCCCUUCACCUAAACUACAGCCCCAGAUACAGAUGAGUGGUGUCGCAUCUCUACCCGAUACUGCAUCCUCGCCUGUCAGUCCCUCUUUUGGUGGAUUUCCGAGUCUAGGACCAUCGUCUACCAUCUCCUCACGCCGAAGAGCAUAUCCCUCCAGCAGCCCCAUGACAUUGAGCAUUGGUAGCCAAGGGGGAUUCAGUAAUAGACGCCGCUCCUAUGCUCCCUUUACUUCAUCUGCCCUAGCCACUCCUGAUAGAGAAGAUGACAAUCCGUUUGAGACCAUGACUGAACCAAUCAAUCAUGUCGCCGAGAGUAUAUGUGAUGAGAGUGUAUAUGAUGGGACAGAGCAGAUAAAUAUGGAAGGAAUGGAGUGGCUGGAUCCUUCACUGGAAUACUUGGUACAACAAGCAUAUGCUCAGAGCGAUAAUACAAUUGGGCCGGAUUUCUUGCAGGGAGCAACUCAUGAAGACAUAAUGGCCUUUUUGGCUGAUCAGGAUAUUAGUUAUGACCUGGGUACACCUGUAGAUCACAUAAAAAUCGAAGAGCCUGACAGCAACCACCACCACCACCACCAAAAUGGGUUUGAUUUUGACAGUUUUGGCAAUAUGAAUCAAGGCAGUUAUCAACAUGGUGAAGAUGGACAAGGACAUGUUGUUGAUGAGCAUGGAGUUGAGCCAAUGGGUCUUUGUGUUGACGAGGAGCCUUUCACUACCGAAGCAAUGGUUUCUCAUACUCGUAAAUGUCUCAGUGCUUCAGCUGCUGUUAGGCAAUUAGGCAUUUCUAUUCGACGACGUCGUAUUCUUGGGGAGGAUCAGAAGCAACUUAUUUUAAGUUAUAUUGAUGAGAAUCCUUCUGCAGUUUUGACUGAAGUGUGCAAUCUAUCCAUUAAGCAGGCACAGUUCCAUUCUGUAGAAAGAAACAGCGAGGAAAGCAUUCAGCAAAGGUAUGACUGGGUCCAAAAGUGGCAACAAAUUGACCAGGACUUUCAGCAAUCUGACGGGGACAACGUUUCUAUCUAA